AUGGACGCUCACGCAUACAAAGAGGUCAAGACCAAGUCCGGACACCUCUACAACACCUUCGUCCUCCCACCGAAGGACAGCUCCAAAGCGACUUUCUUGUUUGUUCACGGAUUUCCGUCGACAGCCUACGACUGGCGGAACCAGAUCGCGUUCUUUUCCGCUGCAGGAUAUGGCAUUGUCGCUCCCGACCUCCUCGGCCAUGGGGGUUCGUCCAGGCCCUCGGAUCUCGCAAGCUACGUGCCCAGCAAGGCCACCGCCGACCUUGUCGACAUACUCGACCACCUCAACGCUCAGAAGGUGAUCGCUGUUGGCCACGACUGGGGGUCAAUCCUCGUCGCCCGCCUGGCGCAGUAUUUCCCCGGUCGCACCGUUGCCACGGUCUUCCUGGGCGGCGGGUACUGUCCCCCCAUGCCUGACUUCGACCUUCAGGUGACGCUCCAGAAGCAGCAAGAGCUCGCGAAGACGGAGAUGUUUGCGUACUGGCUCUUCCUUGGGGACACUCGCGCAGAGGCCAUAGUGAAUGCUCACCUCGAGUCUCUCUUGACCCUAUGGUACACUGCCAACGACGACCUCUCCCGCUCGGUCCUCACCACGCGCGGUGCGCUCGAGAACUGGCUCACGAGCGGUAAGAAGGCGCCCCUCCCAGCCUUCAUCUCGUCCCAGGACCACGCCCACACCCUCGCCGCGUGGACCAAGGCCGGCGGCCUCGGCGGCGCGCUCAAGAGCUUCCGGCUCAUGUUCACCGACGCGAUGGCCAAGGACGACCAACAUCGCGGACCGCGUGCGGCUCCCCGCCCCGUCUUCUUCGCCGGCUGCGCGCGUGACCCGGUCUGCCUCGCGGAGCCGUCCGCGGCGAUCGUCCGCGCGCUCUGCGACGCGCCCACCGUGCGCGUCUUCGACACCGGGCACUGGGUCCAGCUCGAGGCCCCCGAGAAGCUCAACCGCGCGCUGCUCGAGUGGGCGCAGGGCCUCGGCUUGUAG